AUGAUCUUAAAAAUUACUCAGUUUGGUUUGAAAAUUGCUUUAUUGUUUUUAAGACUUACAGUAAAAGCCGUGCCACCAGAAUACUGUCUCUAUAAUCUGAACACCAGUGAUUGUCAGGGAACUCCUACACCAGUUUUCUCCUACUACAAACCAGGAUCCAGAUGUGAAAUAGAGAUAUGGAGAGGAUGUCCCACCUACAACAAAUUUGACAAUGAGUAUUUGUGCUCUCAUUAUUGCAUUUACAACUUUUUAAAACCUACUCUUACUACUCCUAUGGUGAGCUAUGAUGGAGCAGAACAGUGUUCGCACACCGUUACUCAAACUUGUAAGUCCGGUCCACAGAACAUUGCAUACACAUUCAACGAAGCGAAACAAGAAUGUCUACCCCUGAUCUGGGGAGAAUGCAAAACACCUAAUAUCUUCAAAGAGAAAGACGAAUGCAUCGACACCUGUCUGGGUGAUUGGAAAAAUGAAGUGCUUAAGCUGACAGAAGAUGAGUUCGAAGAUAUAGACGAAGUUCUGUCGAACUUCAUGACGCCUAACACAACAACUGCGAAAAAAUUAAAAUUAUUGGAUGAAAUUAACUCCACCUCACCAAUAACAACGACCAAGGAAGAAACUACUCUAGAAAUGACUACACCAGUAUCAGUAGUAACUGAAGAAUCAACGACUGAAGAAGUCACAACAGAAGAAGUCACAACUGAAGAAGUAACAACUGAAGAAGUUACAACAGAAGAAGUUACAACAGAAGAAGUUACAACUACGCAGGCAACUACCGAAAAACUUACCACAGAAAUAGAAACAGAAAAACCUACAACAGAAGAAAUCACAACUGAAGUAACUACAGAAGAAUCUACAGUUACAACGACGGUACCAACGAGUACACGAAGAAUUAGAACGAGGGGUACAGAUUAUGUCAGUGAAGUGCAGUUACCAGAUUAA